AUGACUUCUGUUUUGGAUAGACCUGCACGUGCUUAUGGUUUAGGUUUUAUUGGUGAACAUUGUGAGUCGGUUUAUGGCAAAUCCGGGUAUUGUAGUAGACCGGACUUAGCUUAUACGGGCGGUUUGAAGUACACAAGAGCAGAUCGAGAUGAAGACGCUUUGGAGGGGUAUGUAGAUGCGGACUAUGCGGGCAAUGUGGACACAAGAAAAUCCUUAUCGGGUUUUGUGUUUACUCUUUAUGACAAGGCUAUUAGUUGGAAGGCAAAUCAACAAUCCGUGGUGGCAUUAUCUACCACUCAAGCGAAGUACAUUGCACUUGUUGAAGGAGUGAAAGAGGCCAUAUUGUUGAAAGGGAUGAUUGGUGAGUUAGGAAUUACUUAA